AAGCAGGAGCAACAGGAUACUUGAUUGGACACCAAGACAAAUCAUUUCCUGUAAAGAGGAGGAAGCAGGCAGCAGCAAGGUCUGGAGGCCAGAGUGUGGUGGUGGCCUGAGCCAGCUUUGUGGUGGGACAGUCAGCAAGAGAAAGGCCAGGCUCAGGAACAAGCAGAACAAUGACUCAUUUACAAGCUGGUCUCUCUCCUGAGACCCUGGAGAAAGCCCGCCUGGAGCUCAACGAGAAUCCAGACACACUGCACCAGGACAUCCAGGAGGUGAGGGAUAUGGUCAUCACCAGGCCGGACAUUGGCUUUCUCCGCACAGAUGAUGCCUUCAUCUUACGCUUCUUGCGGGCGAGGAAGUUUCAUCACUUUGAGGCCUUCCGCCUUCUGGCCCAAUACUUUGAGUACCGGCAGCAGAACCUGGACAUGUUCAAAAGCUUCAAGGCCACUGACCCUGGCAUCAAGCAGGCACUGAAGGAUGGCUUCCCUGGGGGCCUGGCCAACCUGGACCACUAUGGCAGGAAGAUUCUAGUCCUUUUCGCUGCCAACUGGGAUCAGAGCAGGUACACGCUGGUGGAUAUUUUGCGUGCCAUCUUACUUUCUUUAGAAGCCAUGAUUGAAGAUCCUGAGCUUCAAGUGAAUGGAUUUGUUUUGAUCAUAGACUGGAGUAACUUCACCUUCAAGCAAGCCUCUAAACUCACACCAAGCAUGCUGCGCUUGGCUAUUGAAGGCCUUCAGGAUAGUUUCCCAGCACGAUUUGGAGGAAUUCAUUUUGUCAACCAACCAUGGUAUAUCCAUGCCUUGUAUACUGUGAUCCGGCCUUUCCUAAAGGAGAAGACUCGGAAAAGGAUAUUUUUGCACGGUAACAACCUGAACAGUCUACACCAACUAAUUCAUCCUGAGAUUCUGCCCUCUGAGUUUGGAGGGAUGCUUCCCCCUUAUGACAUGGGAACCUGGGCAAGAACACUGCUGGACCACGAGUAUGAGGAUGACAGUGAGUGCAGUGUGGACUCCUACAGCAUGCCUGCCAAGGAGGGGGAGAAAGAACUCUCCCCCAAGUCCAUGAAGAGAUCCCAAUCAGUUGUGGAUCCUACAGUGCUAAAACGCAUGGAUAAAAACGAGGAAGAAAACAUGCAACCUUUGCUCUCUCUAGACUGAUAACUUCUCUACCCUCCCCACGGAUUAGAAAUGGAAGGUAUUUGUUUUCAGCACCAGGGCCAGCGCUGUGGAGGAAUUACCAGCUGGAAACUUAUUUAUUCAUGUUAAUGUAGCAUAAUAUAUAAUAAGACAUCAGGCUUUCCCAUUUGCCUGAACCAUGGGUGCCCUGGUCUGGAUUUAAAAAAAAAACAAGUUAAUAAUUUAUUCUGUAAGUGCCAAGUUCUUUGUAAAUACAAUGUAAUCUUCAUGUCAAGUUUGUAAAUUUUGGUAGUAACUUAAAUUGGAAGAUUGGCUUAUGGGUCUGUGCCAGUGAAAUGAACUAUAACAAGAACAGAAAAGACACAUAAACAAUCAAAGCUAAUUAAAUGUAGCCCUGUUUCCUAUGAAGCCAUAUUUCAGCUCUCACAGUGAUUGUUCAAUUGUUUUUCUCUGAAACUCUGUCAUACUCAAAUGUACAUUGAAUGGGCACUGGGAACUAGAUGACUCUAGGAAAUUGUUAUGAUAAAUGUAUUUCCUGUCUAGUGAUUUUCAGUUCACAGAAAAACUACCCUAGUGACUAUUACUGGCCUUGAGUUUGGGAGACAAGAAAUGGCAAAUGACCUGGUAAACUCAACACUUGAACCUUUCUAUGUUGCUUAAUUCCUGGAGUCUUGUGAAAAAAUAUGUUCCCCAAAUUAAGAUGUAGGAUUCUGAAAGAGAAUGGAUUCUUUUUAAACUGCUGUUUUCACAAUGUGUCCUUUAUUCCAGACCCCAUUUUAUCCCUGUCUGAUGUGCUUUAAGAAUCUUUUUCCCCAAAACUCUUUGACCAAGAGAAAGAGAACUCAUAUAUGAAUAGUGUUUGAAAACUAAUUUUGAACAUAAAAGUUGCCAAGUAUCGAUAAGGGGCUAAUUUCUAAUUCUUGUGCACUGGUUGAAAAAAUAUGUAUAUUCACACACAUGUAUAUAUUUUUACUGAGCUCUAAUAAAUCCUUGAUGUUACAGGCUUAUAAAAUUAAUCAUAAAUAUUCAAUGGUCUUA